AAACUAUGUCAACAGAUUGACUAAACCAGAAACUUUGUCAAAAAACGCAACCUUGUCUCUCGUUUACUAAAAACGGGAAGAGAAAGAUAAUAAAAGAAAGAUCGAUGAGGUUGACCAAACGAUCAACACCUUCUUAAUUCACCACCAUUAAAAAUGUUUGCUUCUCCAGAGACCACUCAACAUAGUUGAUGAUUAAUUAGAUUACUAGUAAAAUAAUUGCAACCCCAAAAGAAAAGAAAAGUUCUGUCUUUCAUCUUUUCUUUUAAUCUCAAAAACUGGACCCCUCUUAAUUAGAUCUCUAAUUUGUUUUCUUUCUUCUCCAAAAUUUGACAAAGAAAAGAAUUGAUCUUUUGAGAGGGUUCCAGUUUUUUUUCUCUUUCGUCUUCUCCAUUCUUGUUUGUAGAAAAAAACCCAUUUUUUAUUUGGAUUUUUCAUUUGAUUUUCCCGGGAAAGUUGUAAUUUUUAUUUUUUUGAGGGAGAUUGAAAAAGUUCGAUAAAAAUGUGGGGAGCCGCCGCAGAACCAGCAGAUUCUUAUUACCUGAUUCGUCCUGAGUGCACUGAUGUCCCCAAUACCAAAUUCAAGAUCAAACCUGGUAAAACUCUAAGUGUAAGAAAAUGGCAAGCUGCAUUUACAACAGAAGGAUUCCUUGAUAUUGGCAAGACUCUAAGUCGAAUCCAACGAGGGGGGAUCCAUCCAUCAAUUAGAGGAGAAGUCUGGGAAUUCUUACUUGGUUGUUAUGAUCCAAAAAGCACAUUUGAAGAAAGAGAGCAAAUCCGACAACGUAGAAGAUUGCAGUAUGCUUCUUGGAAGGAGGAAUGUAAACAAAUGUUUCCCGUCAUCGGAAGUGGUGGAUUCAUUACUGCACCUGUAAUUACCAACAAGGGUGAACCCAUUUACGAUCCUAUUGUACUACAAGAAACAAAUUUAGGUGCAAAUGGUUCAGAUUUCUUCAAAGAUCUUGCAAGCCGUGGACCUUUGGACCAGAAAGUUAUUCAAUGGCUGUUAACACUUCACCAAAUAGGUCUUGAUGUAAAUCGCACAGAUAGGACUUUGGUAUUCUAUGAGAAAAAGGAGAACUUGUCUAAGCUUUGGGACAUUCUAGCUCUUUACGCAUGGAUAGACAAUGAUGUUGGUUAUUGCCAAGGAAUGAGUGAUCUUUGUUCCCCUAUGAUUAUGCUUCUUGAGGACGAAGCUGAUGCUUUUUGGUGUUUCGAAAGAUUGAUGCGCCGAUUGCGAGGGAAUUUUCGUGACACGGGGAGAUCAGUUGGAGUCGAAGCACAGCUUACUCAUUUGGCUUCAAUCACUCAGAUUAUUGACCCCAAACUUCACCAUCACUUAGAGAAAUUGGGUGGUGGUGACUAUCUCUUUGCUAUUCGAAUGAUAAUGGUUCAGUUCCGAAGAGAAUUCUCCUUUUGUGACUCCUUGUACCUUUGGGAGAUGAUGUGGGCAUUAGAGUACGACCCUGAAAUGUAUUCUCUAUAUGAGGAGCCUCAAUUCGAGGGAGAGAGAAUCGAAGGUUCCUCCAAAGGUAAACCAAAGUCGAUAAACCAAUGCGGGAAGUACGAGAGAGAGAACAUGAAGAAUGGAGGGAAAAGCGCGGAAGGUCCUUUGCCUAUCUCUGUUUUCUUAGUGGCUAGUGUUUUGAAAGACAAGAGUUCUAAGUUAAUGACCGAAGCUCGAGGACUUGAUGACGUUGUAAAGAUCUUAAACGACAUAACCGGAAACUUGGAUGCUAAAAAAGCCUGUACUGGUGCAAUGAAACUUCACAAGAAGUAUCUUAAAAAGGCCAAGAAAUAGCAUUGCAGAAGAUUCACGAGUAGUAGCGUUUUUGUAUGUUUUUAUACAUAUUUGAUAACUCACAAAACCGGCGACAAAAAAGUGACUAACGAUUCCUUGGGUGGCAAGAAUUCUGAAGAAAAGAGCCCAAUUUACACAACAACUUCUCGUUGUAAACUGUUCAUACAAAUCCACACAUUUUGUAAUAUUUGUUUCACAAACCAAAACAAAAAAAAAGCACACAAAAGAAUUAUCAUCGAUGUCAUUUCUAAACUCAUUGUUGCACUUCUAAGUCGGAUUAUAUAUGUAAAUAAGGAUGGAGUAUUUGAAUUCCAGGUCAGACAUCAG